GCCCCGAUGAAUGGCAUCGGAGGCGAGCUUGUCGAUGGGUCGGGAACCAUCAAUCCUGCUGCUCUGAAUAAUUCCGAUGACGUCGCAGUCGCUUCCACGGCAGACCAGUGUGAACGUGUCGCCGCCGCAGGCAUCUCCCCCGGAAAAGGCGACCCCCACCAAAGCCGCCGUAGUGAAGGCGCUCCCGACGGUCAGAGAUCACACCACCGACCAGCUCAACGAAGAAGGCGAUGAGUAUAUCCCCAAGGAGUUUGAUGAGGCUGGCGAGAAGAAGGUGGACGCCAUGGGUUACCCCCAAGGCGGCCGUGAGUUCAAAUGUCGGACAUUCCGUGUGCCGCUCCGUGGAAAUAAGCUGUUCAUGCUGGCGACCGAAUGCGCACGGGUGCUUGGGUAUCGAGACUCGUACCUGCUGUUCAACAAGAACCGGUCUCUGCACAAGAUCAUCGCAUCGCAAAUCGAAAAAGACGACCUCAUCCAGCAGGACGUCCUGCCGUACUCGUAUCGGUCGCGCCAGAUUGCCAUUGUCUCGGCCAAGUCGAUCUUUCGUCAGUUCGGCAGCAGGGUCAUCGUGAAUGGACGGCGUGUGCGCGACGAUUACUGGGAAAGCAAGGCGCGAAAGCAGGGUUUCACCGAGGAUGACCUGGCCGGUGAAAAACGACCGGGGGCCGGCAAGGCUCGAGACGCCGCCGCCGCGGAAGCAGCCAAUGCUGCGAAUCUGUUGCCGACCCUCACCCAUGGCGACGUCAUCUACAGCAAUGCGCUCGAGGCCAUGCCUCAUGGCUUGCCGUACAACAGCAUGCCUCGUGCGCGCCAGGAGAUCACGGGCCAGCCGUACCAAGACCGAUCGCAGCCCAGCUCGGCUGCCGAAAUCCUCAACCACGCCUCGCACACGGCCGACUUCAACAAGAUUCUGAGCAACCAGCGCAGUUUCCGUCAGAAGGGCCUGGAGGAGUUUUACUCCAGCCAGCGCGAGGUCCCCGAGACCACGGAUCUGUCGCAGCCCGGGCAGUUGGACGCCACCGCGUCGGUCUCCCAGCCCUUGCAAUCGCCUCAGAUGGCGUCGGCGGGCCUGAUCAGCUCGACGCAGCCGCAGGCGAUUCUUCCCAACCAGGCGCCGAUGAUGGCCGGUCAGGCCGCCUUCCAAGCGCCUACAGGACACCAGCAGGGCCCUAUUGCGCAGUCUCCCAUCCAGCCCAUGCCCGCGGUUCGGCCCAACCUGAUGCAUCAGCGUUCGAACCCUGCUAUGUCCGGGGGCACGCCGCAGCCAACCGGACCAUAUGGGUACCCGGCGCAACAGCAGCAAAUGUGGGGUCAGCCGCCUCCGCCGCCGCAACAAUCGCCCAUGUCCGCCGGUGGCCCGCAAGGGGGUGGAAUGCCACAGUAUGCAGCCCAAAUGCAUGCUCCACAGCAAUCUCCCUCGCCUAUGGGCCACGCUGUUCAGGGUCAGCAUCACCCCUCGCAGUCGCCUCGCACGCAACACCGCCCGUCUGUGGGUCAGAUGCAGCAGGCGUACCAGAUGCAUCAUCCGCAGGCGCCGCAGCAACAAGCCAUGGCGUCCAUGGGCUAUCCAGGCGGAGCCGCCAGUCCGUACGCUGUCGCAGCCGCCAGAGGCAUGUACCCUUCUACCCAAGGCCCCGGAGGUCAACAGUUUAUGGCUGGAAACCCUCAGCAGGCAGGAAUGGCCAUGGGGAUGAACCCAGGUGCUAUGCCCGGCUGGCCCUCUACUCCCGGUGGGCCGAUGCAACCAGGUCACCCACAGCCAGGCCAAGGCGGAACUCCCCUAGGAGGAUGGUCGGGUUAUUAGUUAAAGAGACGAACAUACGCACAAUUUCGGGAGAAUGCACCCGAGAACGACAGUGCAAGGGGAAUAUAUUCAUGGCCGGGCGUUUUGCAGACUUGGCGUUCAUGGACACGAGGCGCCGGCGAAGGUAUUGAUCAUUUCUCCCAUCCUUUUUUCCGGCCUGAAAUCUUAUUUAAUGAUAAUCUGCGCAUUUCCUUUUUUUAUACCCGCCGUUAUACCCGAUUGCGUUGUGUAUCUAGUCUUGUGAUUUCUAUGCAAAUUCUCUGGGUGUUUUAUCUAGGGUGAAGAGGUUCGUUUGCAUGUGGCAUGGAUCUGUGCUUCAAUGUUCUCAUAGAUGGACUGGUUGGUUGCACGUAUGUCUUCGGUUGCGUUUCUGUCUGC